AUGAGGAAACAUGGUGGGAGCUGUGUGGCGCUGGCGCUCCUAAUGCUUAUUGCCCUGUGGUUGCUGAUUGGGUCGGCAGAGCCGCCCCAGACGCGUGGCAUCUCUUCUCCACUGCAGCCGUGGGGCUACAACAAGGAGCGGAACAUUCACCGCAUGGAAGCUCUGCAGGAAAGUAUUGCUCGCGACAUUCGCAGCGGUACUCUGUCACCGUCACGGCCCUUCUCCAUUGUGGACUACGGCUCAGACCAGGGAUACUUCUCCCUCAACCUCGCCGUGAUGUUCCCCAACGCGCACGUGAUAUCGGUGGAGUUGGGAGGCGUGGGCGGUGAGAUAUGGAAGAAAGGUGGUGACGUCCUGGCAUUGCAGGAUCAGCUCAUUGAGCGGUACAACGCCGCGCGUCAGGUUGAGAUAUGCCAGACCCUUGUGAAACCCGAGCACUUUACCCAAUUGAAUGAGGCUGGGCUGCGCUCUGACUACCAGCUGGUGCUCAGUGUUUUCCACUGGUUUGAACUAAAGGAAAAGGAAGUGUUUCAGCGCGUUUUGGUGGCGCUACUACAGAAUGUGAAUGUCGCCACUUUCAUUGAGCUACCUGUACUGGGAGACAACUCUGAGUUGAUCCGGAAACAGGUAGGAUACAAGAAUUUUAAGAGGUGGUACGAAGGGUCUGGUGGAGAUAUUGCCAAGGUUAUUGGGGAAGCGGUACAUGCGCAUAAUCUUACCGCGCGCAUCACCUCCAUUGCGAAGGUGCCGUGGAUUCGGUGGCACCGUGGCUUGUACCGGGUGGAGCUGGUCGGAGAGAACAGACGACUUCCAUGUGGCUGCGAAAAAAGACGUGAAAUUUAUGGGUGUAAGGAACGAGCCCAUCACAAUCAGUGCACCAACCCACAGUUGUAG